ACCUUAUUGCUCUACGGCCAUCUUGGUUGUGUGCUUUCGUGUGCAAGCUGGUAAAAUUGGCAAGCUAUUCAACAAAUAUUAAAAUGGCAGAUACUCUCAAAUUUGGCCCUGAAUGGCUCCGACAGCUGUCUGGCGGGAACAGUGUUGCAUCUCCCCCGCCCACACCUGGGUUAGGGGGCAAAUUCAAGCUAGCAGAAUACAGAUAUGGGCGGGAGGAGAUGCUAGCCCUCUUUCACAGUAAUUACAAAGCCCCUGAAGACCUUGUCAACUUCCCGCCAGUCUACGUUGAAGAGGCGCAGAAACCACUAGCUCUAAUUUCUCUAACUGAGGAAGAACAGAGGUUGAUGUCUCAGUCUGUGAACAGUACAACAGUGCUCCGGUCCAUGGGUCGAGGGGGGCAGCCAGUCCGAGGGGGCAGAGGGGGUGGAGACCGGGGGAGAGGCAGAGAUGGCACUUUUUCAGGGCGGGGACGAGGCGAUGGUUUCCCUCCAAGAACUCAGCCCUUUGACCAAGCAGAGAACGGCGGUGGUUUUGGGAGAUCGCGGGGUCAGAACAAAGAUGGAUGGGAAGAAGUUGGUAAAAAGUAUGACCGAAGCUUCUCCACCCGUACUAUUGAGGACGUCCAAGCAGGGGGGCGACACCCUCAGUUCUCUCGAUCGCUGAGCAGUGAUAAUUGGCGAGAGAAAGAAGAGACACAUGAAGAUGAUGCAGGAGACUGGCGAAGGGCAGGGCCACAGAAAGAAAGAUGGAGCACACGGACCAACUGGAGAGAACCUAUUGGUCGAGGUGGAUUUGAUGGUGAGCGGAGACAAAAUGGUCCCAAUAAAGACCGAACACUUUCGGAUGCCGAUGUUAAGCACCAGCUGUACAGACGCAGUAGGAGUAGUGAAUCAUGGGACACGGAUGAUUUGCCUGAAUGGAGUGUUCCUGGUGAUGAUGAUAUGGAAGAGCUGGGAACGUUCGAUGCCAGUGGGGCAUUUGUUACUUCUCAUCCGAAGGGCUUUAGAAAUGGAGAGAGUCCGCACUCUGAUGUACAGAACACCAAUCAGUCACCGUCACAGCCUAACACAGACUUGCCUCCUCAGGGCAAGGAACCACCUCGAGAACAGAGAAGGGAUAAGAAGAAUCAGCGCUCAACAAGUGCUCCCGAGGUCAAACAAGAAAGUGCUAGUAACCAUGGCAACAGCCAGUCUCAGUCUCCACAGCCUGCUGUCAAAUCCAAUCAGGAACCUAAGAGAAUAGAUCCCUCAAAAUCUGUGCAGUUUGGGGAUGUGUCACAAAGUCUUAAUGACUCAAACAGUGCUCCAGUUGAACAGACAUUAAACACUAUGAGUGUGAACCAAGUGAGUGUACCUGUCAAGAAAGUUAAGGGUGGCCUGCCAACAGCGGACAGUGAUCCCUUGGAUAGAUUAAAGGAGGCCGCUGAGAACAUGGUAGCCGAAAUGACAGCUGAGGAUGAAGAGAACAGGUUACAGAGAGGGCCCAUGGACCCUCGGACUCAAGGUGUCCCUCUAAGUCAUGAAGAGUCCCUCAAGUGGUUUUACAGGGAUCCCCAAGGAGAUGUCCAAGGUCCUUUUAACCCAGAGGAGAUGGCCCAGUGGUUCAGUGCUGGUUACUUUACAAUGAGUCUUCUGGUUAAAAGGGGAUGUGAUGAACGAUUCCAGCAGCUAGGAGAGCUGAUCAAGAGAUGGGGCCGAGUUCCAUUCCUAGCUGGCCCAACACCACCUCCAUUACUGAACAUCCCAGUAACAGCUGCCAAUACUGAAGCCCCCGUUAAACAGACCCCACCCCCACAGCAGCCAACGCCCACUCCUCCACCCCCUCAGGACCUGCUUGGAAUCAUACCUCAACAGUUUCUCCUUCAACAGCUCAUGCAACAACAGAUGCUCAUGAGACAGAUGCAGGUCCAGAUGAUGACACAGAUGCAAGAACAGGAUUCAUUCAAGAACAUGUCUCCACCACAGCAGCAACAGAUGGUGAUGCAGAUGUUGAUGCAGACACAACCUAUGUUUAUGCAGCAACUUCAGCAGCUACAACAACUACAGCAGCAACAACAACAACAGCAACAACAACAACAACAGAACAGGCUGUCCCCACAGCCGCAGACAGCAGAGGGCACCCCUACUACCUCCCACCCAGCAUAUCACAUGCCCCAGCCUGGCCCUGCUGCAGAAGGGGAGGGGCACCCUCCAGGACAAGUUGCUUGGUCUCAGCCCAGCAGUGUGUGGGACCUGGAGACCCCGCCCAGUGACAUGUCACCCAACACUGUGAACCAGCAGCAACUGGAAAAACUGCAAGCUCAACAGAAAGCAGAAGAAAUUCGCCGGAAGCAGGAGGAGGAAGAAGAAAGACGUCGUCAGAUAGAGAUGCAGAGAACUCAGGAAGAGCUGAAGAGACAGCAGGAGGAGAUAGCCAUAGAGAGGGAGAAGAUGAUACGAGAGAAGAAGGAGCUGGAGAGACAGAGACAGGUCGAGCUGAAGCGUAUGGAAGAAAUCCGUCGUCGGGAGGAAGAAGAAAUGAGACGACAAAUGGAGGAAGAACGUAAACGAGAAGAAGAGAGAAUGCGAGAAGAGCAGCGUCGCCGAGAAGAAGAGCUUGUUGUCCAGAGAGAAGAAGAAGCUCGUAGGAAGCAGGAAGAAGAAAGGAAGAGAAUGAUAGAGGAAGAGAGGAGGCGACAAGAGGAGACGCACAGACAACAGCUGGAGGAAGAACACAAGAAACAGGAGAUGUUGCGGCAGCAGGAAGUACAGAGACAACAGGAGGAGAUGCAGCAGGAGCAGCAGCGGGAGGAGGAGCGACAGAGAGAGAUGCUCAGACAACAGGAGAUGCAGCGUCAGGAACAACAGAAACUUCAGCAAGAGGCGCUAAGACGUCUCCAGCAACAACAACAAGAACAGUUGGCUCGAAUGCAGCUUCCUGCCACUGCGCAGUGGGCGAGUCAGCUGCAGCAGAGGGAGGCAAACGAAGGGAAGUCCCUGGCAGAGAUACAGCAGGAGGAGGAGAGACAGAUGCAGGAGAGAGAACGCCAACUUGAGAUUCAGAGGCAGCAAAUGUUUGCCAUCCAACAACAGCAGCAGCAGCAACAACAGCAACAGCAGAAGUCAUGGGGAGCACAAAUGACGGUGAACCAGGCUGCAACGAACACACUGAAGUCACUGCUGGACAUACAGGAGGAACAGAAAGCCAAACAGUUAGACCAAAACAAGAAGAAAGCCAAACAAGUUCAGCCCACUCCGCCCAAGAAUACAGCUGCCACCAUGGCUACACCUAGCAUGUGGAGCAACGUGGCCAGCAAUGGUGCUCAGUCCACGGGGUGGGGGGGGAACGCUGUGUGGAAGACGGACAAGUCAGGGGGGGGCCUGGGGUUCUGGGAUGAGGCUGUGAUAUCUUCAGGAAGGGCAGCAACCAAAGAGAAAGAAAGUGGUGAGUUUCCUGCGUUAGGGGGCAAGAAACGAAACCAACAAAACAAUAAUGCAACGACUAAUGCAUCUGCAGCUGCAGCGGCAGCAGCAGCAGCUGCCGCCGCUACUGCAAACCGCAACAGACAGACAAAACCAAAGAAAGAGGAGGAUGCUGUGCACAAGAUGUUUCAGUUAGCAAGGCCUGUUGACGAUUUCACUCAGUGGUGUGAGAAGGCACUCGCAGGACUCGCAUCAUCAGUGGAUGUUCCAACAUUCAUUGCCUUCCUGCAAGAGGUUGAUUCUCCAUAUGAGGUCCAUGAUUAUGUGAGGUCGUACCUUGGUGAGUCUGGUGCUGCAAAGGAGUUUGGUCGGCAGUUCCUGGAGAAACGGAGCCAGUAUAAGCAGAAGGCCAGACUAGAGAGACAACAGGAGGAGGACAGUAUUUGGGGCCCAGCACCUGCAGUCAACCCGAAGGAGGUCCGGUCCAGCAACAACAAUGAUGCUGAGUCGGCAGCCCGCAACAAGAACAAGAAGAAGAAGGGCAAGAUGCAGAAGAUUGACAAGAGCAUCCUUGGCUUCACGGUCCAUGCUGACCCCACACGGGUCAACGCUGGCGAGAUCGAGAAUGUGGACUGAACAUUGGUGCUAUGAAAUGUGGUCUUUCCUUUACUUUCUGUUGCCGAGAUUGUUGCAAUGUUGGACCUGCUGUUUGCAAAGCUGGACACAGCCCCGUCAAGAUUUGAGAUGAUAUCCUCAUUGCUUGUUACUUGCAAAAUUGUCCUCCAGAUUUCAGUCUUGGCACAGAUAUUGAACGAGAAUGGUGACUAACUGGUGUGCUAGUAUAUAGUGGAUUGAUUCAGAUGACGCCAACUCCAAUGCUGGUGCCUCAACAACUGAUUGGCUGAUGUGACUGUUCAGCAACAGACUUCUGUACCCCAUUGAAAGUAGAUCGGGUGGACACCACUGACUAUCUGCCUGUUGGUGAUGGAAUAUGCUUGGUGAAGGAUGGACCCGGUCAGGAUUCCUCCAACGCUGUGAUCGGGUCGUCCCAGCCAACACAUAGUCCAAACCUGAAGCAAAUAUCUGUGAUACUAAAUACUAUUUUCCAUCGUCAGAGGGUGCUGCACAACAGGGAAAGUAACAAAGAGGAAAGAAAUCUGAAGAAAGUCGAUAGUUGAAAACGACGUUGGUGCGUCAUGGACCGCUUCUGCUGCUUGGUGAGAUGCAACAUGACAGCGAUGAUGCAACUCGAGGCCUCUCUUUGCCAUGUGUCCUGGAGGCGGCCAGUGUCCCAUGUCAAUACAUUCUUUCUUCAAUCUAAUAUUGAGAAGGUGCUUGUGCCUUUGUUAUUUUAAUUGCGUGUUGGUUUCUUUAGUGAAAAUAUUGUUCCAGAGAAAACAAGUACUUAAGCACGAUGAAUUUUAACUGAAUUUGUCAGGGAUCACAAUGUUAAGUCUUUAUGAAGCCCAGGAUAACCUGAAUAGUUUCUGCAUUUCUUAACAUACUUUUAUUGUUAUCGCAUAAUUAUCCAAACCGGAUACAUGGCUUUUAUACAGGUUCUCUGCUUCACAUAAGUUGACAGAAGUGAGAUUUGUUGUUUUUUAAUUAUUAUGUAGUUACCAGUAAAACACAAUUUAAACUUUAGGCUUUGCUAUUCAGAGAGAUUAUUCUCUGUUCCAUCAAGCUGCUAUCAUAGCAAUAACCUGACUUAAUUCAAUCCAACAUAUUGCACCGAAUUUAACGAUCUAGAUAUUUAUGUAACGAUGUUAUACUUGAAUGAAUUUGGGUGUUCCAUGAAUGAAAUCCCAUCGGUAAUAGCUUAACGCAGUCGCUGAAAUAUGAAGACAAGAAUUCUGCUGUGUCUCCAGACACGACACAGUUGACUCAGACACGACACAGUUGACUCAGACAAAAUAUACAGCAAAACAAACAGACUCGGAACGUGUUGUUUGGUUUGUGAUGUCAAGAAUAUCGAGAGUUCAGACUUCCAUGGAUGAUAAUGUCGGUAAUGGAUUUAUUGAAGGCAGUGUGUGUCCAUUUACAUAGAACUGCCUACAUGGCAUCUAUUUAAAUGGAUUCUUACUGUCUUUUGGCCAAUAUCUCAUCUCACAAACAUCUUAAUAGAAUCAGCGUUCAACAGAUAAAGUAGUCCACUCAGGAUGUUGCCAAAUGUACAUCAUUGUAGCAGCUCAUAUAUUAAUUCACUUUGAGCGGAAAUUACAUUUUCAAAAUGUUUAUUAGAAGACUCCGUCAUAUCUUAAAUAUUAUGUUAUUGAUUAAUUCUUAAUGGUGUCAUUCUACCAGCUUGUAAGUACCUUGAGCCAGUUCCUGGGCUGCUGUGUGUGUCAACACACGUUCCAUGAAGAUUCCACCUCACCCAGUAGCUAGGAGCAGAAUCUCUGCUGUCACAACACUCCUAUCUCCAACAAAGAUGUUUCCAAUUAAACUAUGCAUAAUGUACAGCAUCUCUUGCCUGAAUGAUGUCAGGAUUGUAUUGUUGGAGUUCAAUGACAUACACAGUAUACAUGUCAUGUUAUCAGCCAUUGAUACUGCAAGGGUUAAAAAAUGUGCUUCCGGUCUUAUGUAACAUUGCAAUAUUUAUUUUAAAAAUGUACACCUUGAAAAAAGUUAAUCACCACCCAGUCUUUCUUGUCCUAUAUUCCGAACUUAAGUGCAUCUGUUGCCAUGGAAUAGCUACAAAGUGCAUUACAUAAUCAGUUUUAGUUUUGCUAAUGUGAGGAUUUAACUUUGGAAAUUUAUUACAGGGUCUGAUAAACAGACAUGGCUGUUUCAUGUUGAAAUAUAUAUAGUACUCAAAAGAAGUUAAGGAACACCUGAUUGUUUUAUAUGACUAUGGUUAAUGUGUCAUGGGCCAGACAUGAGCUAUAGUCAUUUGAAAACAUUGGAUGUUCUUUAACUCUUUUUUAGUAGGAGUAUAGUAAGCAGUGCUUAACUUUUUUUCAGGUGUAUAUGUAACUAGUGGAGUUACUGUUCUAUGUUGGAAUGUCUGAACAGUGGACGUCACAUUACGAUAGAUACUUUUGAUAUAGUUGGCUCUAGGAAGAUAAAGAACACCUAACCAGUAUUCCUGAAUACUAGCAUCUAUGAUCUGUAAUACAUGAUACUGUAAGCAUGUUGAACAAGGAUUAAUAUCAGAAAAAAUACUGAAUCGAUGUGACACUAUUUUGGCUUAUCUCUGAUUGUUCUCAUGGGUGAAUUGCAGAGCGUAAAUAUUUUUUAACCCUUGCUGUGUUGAUGCCUUCUGUCACACAUUGUGAUUUAUAUUUCUAAAAGCUAGGUCUGUUUCACUGAAGUCUAAAUUAAAUUGGUUUUAGCUGUACUGCUUAGAAGUGCAUAAUAUGGGUAAGAUCACAGCUUUUGACUAUGAUACGACAGGCGUAACUGAAUCUAUGUCCUUUGAACAAUCAGGAUUCCGGUAACAAGUUCUGCAUAUUUAGAGUCAUGUUUUCAGUGUGCAGUUUUGUUUCGUCACGAUAUGGCUGAAAUAUUGCCAAUGUGACGUUAAACUUUAACUCACUCACUCACUCACUCAGUCUGCAGUUGAGAUGCAGAUGGAGAGAAGCUUUAAGCAAAACGAUAGACAUGCACUCUUACCUAUGUAGGAACUGUCCCCAGUCAGGAGGACCCCCCAGCUUGUUGCUAGGAGCAACUUGUAUCAGGCUGCCACAAGGUCCCCCAGCUUGUUGCUAGGAGCAACUUGUAUCAGGCUGCCACAAGGUCCCCCAGCUGGUUGCUAGGAGCAACUUGUAUCAGGCUGCCACAAGGACCCCCAGCUUGUUGCUAGGAGCAACUUGUAUCAGGCUGCCACAAUGUCCCCCAGCUUGUUGCUAGGAGCAACUUGUAUCAGGCUGCACAAGGUCCUCCAGCUUGUUGCUAGGAGCAACUUGUAUCAGGCUGCCACAAGGUCCCCCAGCUUGUUGCUAGGAGCAACUUGUAUCAGGCUGCCACAAGGUCCCCCAGCUUGUUGCUAGGAGCAACUUGUAUCAGGCUGCCACAAGGUCCCCCAGCUGGUUGCUAGGAGCAACUUGUAUCGGGCUGCCACAAGGUCCCCCAGCUGGUUGCUAGGAGCAACUUGUAUCAGGCUGCCACAAGGACCCCCAGCUUGUUGCUAGGAGCAACUUGUAUCAGGCUGCCACAAGGUCCCCCAGCUUGUUGCUAGGAGCAACUUGUAUCAGGCUGCACAAGGUCCCCCAGCUUGUUGCUAGGAGCAACUUGUAUCAGGCUGCCACAAGGUCCCCCCAGCUUGUUGCUAGGAGCAACUUGUAUCAGGCUGCCACAAGGGCUCCCAGCUUGUUGCUAGGAGCAACUUGUAUCAGGCUGCCACAAGGUCCCCCAGCUUGUUGCUAGGAGCAACUUGUAUCAGGCUGCCACAAGGUCCCCCAGCUUGUUGCUAGGAGCAACUUGUAUCAGGCUGCCACAAGGUCCCCCAGCUUGUUGCUAGGAGCAACUUGUAUCAGGCUGCCACAAGGUCCCCCAGCUUGUUGCUAGGAGCAACUUGUAUCAGGCUGCCACAAGGACCCCCAGCUUGUUGCUAGGAGCAACUUGUAUCAGGCUGCCACAAGGUCCCCCAGCUUGUUGCUAGGAGCAACUUGUAUCAGGCUGCCACAAGGUCCCCCAGCUUGUUGCUAGGAGCAACUUGUAUCAGGCUGCACAAGGUCCUCCAGCUUGUUGCUAGGAGCAACUUGUAUCAGGCUGCCACAAGGUCCCCCAGCUUGUUGCUAGGAGCAACUUGUAUCAGGCUGCCACAAGGACCCCCAGCUGGUUGCUAGGAGCAACUUGUAUCGGGCUGCCACAAGGUCCCCCAGCUUGUUGCUAGGAGCAACUUGUAUCAGGCUGCCACAAGGUCCCCCAGCUUGUUGCUAGGAGCAACUUGUAUCAGGCUGCCACAAGGUCCCCCAGCUUGUUGCUAGGAGCAACUUGUAUCAGGCUGCCACAAGGUCCCCCAGCUGGUUGCUAGGAGCAACUUGUAUCAGGCUGCCACAAGGUCCCCCAGCUUGUUGCUAGGAGCAACUUGUAUCAGGCUGCCACAAGGUCCCCCAGCUUGUUGCUAGGAGCAACUUGUAUCAGGCUGCCACAAGGUCCCCCAGCUUGUUGCUAGGAGCAACUUGUAUCAGGCUGCCACAAGGUCCCCCAGCUUGUUGCUAGGAGCAACUUGUAUCAGGCUGCCACAAGGUCCAAGUAUGGAUACUUCCUAGUUUGAUUGCCUGUUUAUGUCAGUCUCAUGGCUUGACAAGCUACUUCCUGCUGUGAUGGAACUGUUAUUUUGUUGAUUCAUUGUAAUCCUAAUUCAUUGAAAUACUACUUGUACUUUACUGCAGAAAUGUCUAUUGUAUGAAACAGACUUGAGCACGUUUCGGUUCACCAAUACCAUGUCAAGUAUAAAUGUCAGAUUACAUAAGUGUGAACAUGUUGAUACAUACUUUCAGGUUGAAUGCUCCAAGAUGUUCAUUUACAUCCUUUAUCAUUACUUUGUGAGUCAAUUUUUCUGAAUUUCAAAAUUGCUAAUCACCAUUUUCUUUCCUAUGUACAUCUUUUUCUUUUCAUUAAUGUCUUGAGAUGGUGUUGCUCAUUAAAUGUAGGUCUGAAAAGCCUGCAGUAAUUUUGAAUUACAGCUGUAAUCUAUAUCAUUUUCAUUCUCUCAAAGUUAGGUAACUUUUGUUAUCUGUGUAAAAAAGGUUUUGAUGCCCAACAUGAACAAUCCAACGUUAGUAGCGGCAUUAUGCAAAAUCGGCUCCAGUUACUUCCCCUGUUUUGCCAGUUAUCUCCCUUGCGCCAUGCUGAGCUUUGUCUGUUUUGAUCAGUCAGACAUCAUUACCACGUGUCCUAGACAGUGAGUAUGGGUUGUCUCCUAUUUAUGAUGUUUGUGUUGAACCAGUCUUUCUGAUGGAGUACCAAUGCCUUGGAUUAUAGAAUACUUCCUGCCUUUGGAAUUGAUCAUAAAAUAGAGAAUUACUUCAUGUUAUCAAAAUAGUAAGCUUUGUUUAUACAUUCAGAUGUCUUGUCUUCAAGUUUCGUAAUCUGUUAUAUAUUUGGAUUAAGUUGCCUAUUUAAGAUCUUAACGCAUUACUUAAAAGAUAACUAAUGUUUGAUUUCUGGUUUAAAUUUUGAACUAUUUUUCUAAAGAGGAGGAAGCACCAUGAUUAGGAGCUUUUGUUUUCAGUAUCUUGCCAGUGCUCGUGUGUUGAUUCAAAGUAUGACAUGUCUUACAUUAAGUUGACAACUGAGGUGUGACCGAGAUACAGUUCCAAACAGCAUUAGACCAUCUCUCUCAGUUCCAGUCAAGGAUUUUGCUGAGGAAGAGCUGCAUCGAGGUGUUGGUACUUCAUGAAAGAAUUGAGAAAGUGGGACAAACAAAUGAAAGAAGUUACAUUAACUAACUACAGCAAGUAAACAAGUACUUUGACCCAACCCAGAGAUCAGAUGUGGUUUGGUCAGCCAUGCCUGUGUUUGACAAUGUUAUAAAACUGACCACAAUUCUAUAUUUGUAUGGAUGUCAUCUAUUUUAGAUUAUUUUGUCCGAAUGUGACAGUUUGCAGUUUGCUGUUGAUAUUCUGAACUUUGCAUGUGCGUGUGUGAGUUAGUGAGGAUGUGGAAGAACGAGAGGCUCAUGGAUGCAUGUUAACAGAGAGGGUGGUGUAUUGUCUGAAUUAUUGAAUGUGUUGCCAUGAUGAUUGAGCAAUAAAGUGCCAAUUUUUCAAAUGA